CUCCCCAAAGAGAAAGGCCAGCAAGCACGUGGCCGGCCUUUGGAGCCGUCGCGUGGCUCCUGAGGAGAGGCCGAAGCAGAACCGGCAGAGUCUCCGCAGCUGCCCGCAACCGCCGAGCCUACCCGCUCCGGCUGCUCUGUCCCCGGGGCAACACUUGGCAGCACCGCCCGGGUGGCCCGGGCGAUCCGACCGACGAGCUCGUCUCCGCACCCUCUCGGUCUCCGCUCCCCGCCCGUCCCGCUCCCCAGGCGGCCAAUUCGGCGAAAGCCCCAGUCGUCGGCGGCAUGAAUGGCGCGCAGGCGGGCCGUCGCGCUGUUCGGCGCCCUGCUCGCGUUGGCGUUAAUUGUGCUGGCCUCGGCCUGUCUGCUGUGGUUCCCGCGGUCCGCGCCGGGGCCCCCGCCUGCGGCCUGGGCCGCCCAGCAGCGGCGGCAGCGAAGACUGCGCGACGCGUGCCGCGAGGCGGACGAUGACGCCGCGUCGCUGGACGAGCUCUCGCGGGCCAAAAUGGACCACAUCGUGGUGGACGACGCGCAUGGGCUCCUCUACUGUUCCGUGCCCAAGGUGGCCUCGACCAACUGGAAGCGCGUGCUGCUCGCGCUCCAGGCGGGCCCCGGUGACCCCAGCCGGAUCCCGGCCAACCGCAGUCACGACCCGGCCGCCUUCACCAGCCUCGGCCAGCUGAAUCCCGAGGAGGCCCGGCGGCGGCUCCGCUCCCACCUCAAGUUCAUGUUCGCCAGGCACCCGCUGGAGCGGCUGCUGUCGGCCUACCGCAACAAGUUCGAGCACGCCUGGAGCGACUACUUCCCGCGUCGUUUCGGCCGCACCAUCGUGCGACGGUUCCGCGGCGCUGGCGCGUCGCCCGACGCCUUGAACACGGGCCGCGGCGUCACCUUCGACGAGUUCCUGCGCUACGUCGCCGGCCUGGACGCCGGAGACCACGCGAGUGCCUUCAACGAGCACUGGCGGCCCGUCAGCGACCUGUGCUUCCCGUGCCUGGUCCGCUACGACGUGGUCGGACUCUACCACAGCUUGGACCAGGACUCGGCGCUGGUGCUCUGGCGCGCCGGUCUGCAGCGCCGGGUGGCGUUCCCCAGUCGCGCGCGUACCUACUCGUCCGAGCCGACAGGCAGUCUCAUGAACACGUACUACGGGAACGUGUCGGCGGCCCUGCUGCGUCAGCUGCGGACCGUUUACAAGCGGGACAUGGCCCUGUUCCGCUACGCCCGGAGUUACCCGCCGUUUGACUGAGAUCACCGCGCGGACUGCGAGGACGCAGCCGAACGACUCGUGCGUCGAGCACCCCGGACACACGUCGCUCCUAGCGAGGCCGCUGCUCGUUCUGCCUGCGCGGAGAAAAACUGCGAGCAACGAGACUACAUUCCGCCGUCACCGCGACCAAUCCCACGGUGAUUGUGACUAAACUCCGCCGAUCGAGGAAGUUGGGAGCGGUCCAACAGCGUGUACAGCUGUUCGCUCGCGUGGACUACCGUGACCCCUGACGCCGCUCCAGAGGUGCAACCGGCGCUCGCCGCGCAGCGAGAGCUGACCUCCAGACCUCAAGGCGCUUAAAAGGCCUUGUAAACAAAUAAACAGGCCAGCAGAGUGGUUGGUCGGAGUUUUAUGGUUUCGUGGCA